AUGUUCCCUCGGGCCCGCACCCAGAGCCACGAGGAGGCGGCCGGGGGGGGCAGCCCCACGUCCCCCCGCUUCCGCGACCCUCUGCUGCUGUUGGGACUUGCGGUCGGCGGGGGGGACCCCAAUUUCUCCCCCCCCCCCCCCUGGAGCCCCCUCCUCGCUCACUACGACGUGCAGAGCAUCCUCUUCGACCCGGCCGAGCCCCCCGCGGCCGACCCGGGCCCCACCUCGGGGGCUUCUGCCGCCCACCUGGAGCCCGAGGAGCCUCCUGGGCCCCACGGGGCUCCUCCCGACCCCGAGGCCCUGGUGCUGAGCUGUCCCCGCUUCUGCUGCGAGACGGGGGGAGAGCAGGAGCCAGGGCUGGGCCCCCCCCGCGGCCCCCCCGGGCCCGGGCAGCUGCCGAACGCAGCAGUGGCAGUGCUGGAGGAACCCCCGGCGGGGGCGCGACCCCCCCACCCCAUCGAGCACAGCGACGACGGCGCCGAGUACUAUCGCAAGUACUUCUACGGGAAAGAGCACCAGAACCUGCUGGGUGAGGACCCCCGGCUGGGGCCCGUGGCCGUGUCCCUUCGGCGGGAGGAGAAGGAGGGACCUCGGGCCCAGGUGCUGCACAGGAUCAUCCUGCGCACCUGCCAGCCACGGACUCUGCGGGGCUCGGUUCUGGAAGAGGCGCUGCCCCCCGGCUCUCGCCCCUCUGGGGCGCGGGGGGUCCCCCCCCGGAAGCUGCUGGAGCUAGUGCUGCCUGGGCUGGUGGUGGGGGGGCUGCGCCUCGCCCCCUCUCCCGCGGUGCAGGAGACCCUCCUCAAGCUGGAUGAGCAGGGGGUGAGCCGGCAGCGCAAGGUUGGGGUGCUGUACUGCCGGGGGGGGCAGGGCUCCGAGGAGGAGAUGUACAACAAUGAGGAGCCCGGCCCUGCCUUCGAGCAGUUCCUGGCGCUGCUGGGCACCCGCGUGAGGCUGCGGGGCUUCGCGGGGUACCGGGCACAGCUGGACACCCGCACUGACUCCACGGGGACCCACUCGCUGUACACGACGUACCACGGCUACGAGGUGAUGUUCCACGUGAGCACCAUGCUGCCCUUCACUCCCCGCAACCCCCAGCAGCUGCUGCGGAAGCGCCACAUCGGGAACGACAUCGUGACAAUCGUGUUCCAGGAGCCGGGGGCACGGCCCUUCUCCCCCCGUGCCCUGCGCAGCCACUUCCAGCACAUCUUCAUCGUGGUGCGGGUGCACGAGCCCUGCACCCCCCACACCACCUACAGCGUGGCGGUGGUGCGGCCAGAGGAGACCCCCCCGUUCGGGCCGGCGCUGGCGGCAGGGCAGCGUUUUAAGGGGGGCGCAGGGCUGCGCCCGUUCCUGCUGGCCAAGGCCAUCAACGGGGAGAACGCGGCGGCGCGGGGGGGUCGCCUGGGGGCCAUGGCCGCGCGCACCCGCCGCCAGUACCUGCAGGAGCUGCUGCGCGCCCACGGCGGGGGGGCCCCGCUGCCCGCGCCCCCCCGGGGGCUGCCCGCGCUCGGGGGACGCCGCCGGGGGAGCGCGGGGCGCGCGGGGGGCGCGGCGGUGGCGGGGGCGCUGGUGUGGGGGGCGCGGGCGCAGGGGGGGCCCGGGGGGGCCGAGGUGCCGUGUCUGCUGGGGGUAGCGGCGGAGAGGGUGGUGGUGGUCUCGCCCUCCCCCCCCGGGGUGCUGUUCAGCUGCGCCUGCCGGGACGUGCUGGGCUGGGGGUUCGCCGAGGGGCGCCUUGAGAUCUUCUAUGGGGCGGGCGAGUGGCUGGGGCUGCGGCUGCCCCACGGCGCUGCCCCACAGGUGGUGGCCAGGCUCCAGGCGGUAACGCGGGGGUGCGAGGCGCGGGAGCUGGCGCUGCCGCGGGGGGCCGGGGGCCGCCGGGGGUUCCGCGUGGACCCCUCGGGGGUCGUGACGGCUGUGACGCGGUUCUCCUUCGCCGAGACUGCGGGGCUGCGGCCCGGGACGCGGCUGCUGCGCGUGGGACACCGUCCCCUUCCCCGCGGGGACCCCCGGCUGCUGCGGGCGCUGCUACGCGCCCCUCGGGCCCCCCUGACGCUGCUGCCUCCCGACCGCGACGGGCGGCCCCGGCGGAGUUUCUUGGAGCUCUAUGCCCGCUCGCUGGAGCAGGGCCGGGGCACAGGGGGGGACCCCGGUAUCGGGGACCUUGGAGGGGAUAUCGGGGACACCAGCAGCGACUCAGGGGGAGACAGUGACAGGGGGGAUCAUGGGGUGGGCCCAGUGGGGCUGCACCCCAACACCCUACAGCUCCUGCGCUCGCUGGCACUGGAUGAGGAGAGCACCCCCUUUCCCCCUGGGGGUGGCCCCCCCAGCCCGGGGACCCUCAAGAGCCCGACCGGAUGCCCCCCCCAGCCCGUGAGUUACGCUGGACACGGGAAACCCCCCAAAUCCUCUGGGAUCCCCCAGUCCCCCCUGGCUGACCCCACGCCUGACCUGUUGCUGCCGCACCACAGCCCCCCCCAGUCCGGUGACCCGGGUCCCUCUCUGGAUGCUGGUGGUCCUGCAGCCCCCCUCGAGCCCAGCCCCCCCCCCGGGCCCCUCGCUGCGGCACUCCCUGGGCAGGCGUGA